CUCUCUCUCUCUCUCUCUCUCUCUCUCUCUCUCUCUCUCUCUCCCGCGUUAGGGCUUGCGUCAUCACCUCGAUGUCCAAAUCCGCCAUCCAUCUAAACGUCGAUUCAGGCCCCAAGCAGGGCGAAACCCUAGAUCGCAAGCCCGGAACCCUAAUCCGCAUCGGCCGAGUUGUUAAGGGCAACACAUUGGCGAUAAAAGAAUCGUCCAUCUCCCAAAAGCACCUCACCAUCGAAUUCGAUGCCCAAAUCUGCCGAUGGGUCGUCAGAGAUCUAGACACCUCCAAUGGCACCUUCGUCAAUGGAGAUCGGGUGCCGUCCUCCGCCGCCGUCCAACUUUCUGACGGUGACACUGUCAAGAUCGGUGAGUGUACCUCUAUCUCCGUUAAGAUUUCAGUUAUUAAGGAGAAUUUGGGUGGGGUUAAGAGAAAUAGCGGGAAGAGAGGGAGGAGUAGAUCGACGAAAGAGGAUGGUGAUUGUGAAGAGAUUGGGGAUCGAAAUUGUGAGAGGGUUUCGACGAAAUACGAGAUUUUAGAUAGAUCUGAGGAGGUUUCAGAGAAUUUGAAGAGAGGGAGAAAACAAAAUACUAAGAGGGAUUUGAGUAAAGAUGAGAUUUUAGCUUCAGCAUUGGAUGAUGUAGUUGAGGCAAAGAAUUUGGCGAGGGUGAGGAGAAGAAAUCCUGUUAGGGUUUUGAAGGAAGACAAUGUUAUAGGUACCACUAUUGUUGAUAAGAUUGAGGUGCAUGAAAAUUUGAGGAGAUCAAACAAAGCUGAAGAAGUUGAAGAAAUCAGGAAACAAAACAAAGCUGAAAAAGUUGAAGAAAUCAGGAAACAAAAUUGUGAAAGCAUGAAAGAUGAUAAUUUGGAUUCAGUUGUUGAGGAUGGAGCUAAAGAGGUCCUGAUGAAUUUAGGGAAGGGGAAGAAGCAAAACCCUAUUAGAGCUUCGAAGAAAGAUAGGGUUUUGGAGUCAGCUUCUGAUGAAAGAAUUGAGGUGGUUCAGAAUUCGGGGAGAAUAGAAGGGAUUUCAAACAAAUAUGAAGUUACAGAAAUGGUUGUGGAGGAGAGAUUUAAGGCCCCAGGGAAUUUGGGGAGAGCAAGAAGAGGGAGAACAGUUAAAUUUCCAAUGGCAGAUGUUGUUGAGGAUAGUAUUAAUGUGCCAAAGAAUCGAGGAAGAGGGAGAAGGGCCACUUCAGCUCAAAUUUUAGAGAAAGAUCCAAGUUUGGAUUUAGAUGUAGUAGAUAAAACUGAGCAGCCCAAGGACCUGCACAAGCAAAGGGGGCGAAAUUCUUCUAGUGUUUCCAUUGACAGUGAGAAUUUGGAACCAGUUGUAGAGAGCAGUAUUAAAGCCCCAGUGGAACUUUUAGUUUCCAAGAAAGACGGGGUUCUGGAGGACAAUGCUGAAGUACCAAAAACCAUGGUUGGACGAAGAAAGACCAGGUCUACUAAGGUUUCAGUGAAGGAUGACAUUUCAAAUUUGAUUGUUGACGAUAAUAUUCGAGCACUGAAGAAUGUGGGUAGACGUAAAAAUACUAGCUCUUCUACGGUUUCAACCUUAGACGAGACUUUGCACUCAGUUGUGGAAGAUAUAACUGAGGUGCCAAAGAAAUUGAGGAGGGGAAAAAGGAAGGCUAAUUUGAAGGUUUUAAAUAUAGAUGAGACAUCUGAGGCAGUGAUGCAGGCUGCAGAUGAAGAGGCGAAGAAUGUUGGUAGAGCAAAACCAAAUAAUGUGAGUAGAGGUAGAAGUACUAGCUCUUCUGGGGUUGCAACCUUAGAUGAGAUUUUGAACGCAAUUGCGGAGGAUGUUUCUGAAGUACCAAAGAAUUUGGGGAGGGGAAAAAAGAGAGCUAAUUCUAAAGUUUCAAAAUUAGAUGACAUAUCUGAAGUAGUUGUGCAUGAUGCAGUUGAAGAGGUGAAGAAUGUUGGUAGAGGAAAGUCAGGAAAGGCUCCAGCUCGAAUUACUAGAACCUCUUCUAGGGUUUCUACAGAUGAAAAAGUUCUCCAACCUGCUCAGGACCCAGUUUUAAGUACUAUAGAUAAAUUGCAUCAGUCAAAGGACCUAAGAGGAGGUUCCCAUCAGCUUACUGAGGCAGACAAGAUACAACUCAAUUCAAAUGAUAAAAAAAGCAAAAAUGGGGAAGAUAAAGAGAACUAUGUUUCAGUCAAGUGCCCGAAAACUGAGAGUCGCCGGGACUUGCUUAAGGUGUGGAAUGGAAAUGGUAUUCCGAAUACAACUACCAAAUAUAUGGAGGACAAAAAGGUUAGUUGGCAUGCCACUCCUUUUGAAGAGAGACUGGAGAAGGCCUUGUCAGAUGAUAAGCUUUAUCCCCAAAGGAAUCUUACUAAUUGACAACUAGUUGGGUUGACAACUAGUUGGGUGUAACGAUAAAGGCAGUGAUAGUGAGCGGUGCCCUGAGAAGCUCUCUGGACUUUUUGGCUGGUCAGAUAUAACUUCAUUGUGUUCUUUUCUGAUACUUGCUGACUGGGAAUCAUCUGAACCUUAUUUCUGUUCUUUCUUUUCUUUUUCUUUCUUUUUCGUUCAAGAAUUUGUUUGAGAUUCCUCAAGUGUUAGUGAUAGUUCGAAGAACAACUGUACCUCAUUAAGAUGCAAGGUAGCCACUUCAGUUGCACAUCAAAAUCUCUUUAUAUCAUGAUCAAUUUUGUUGUAAUACAAUGUAGAAAUUGUCCUUUGCUCCUCCAUCGAUUAGUAGGGCUUGAACAAUGAUAAAGGACAGAGGUUUUGUCUAGGUACUAAAUGUGUAUCUUGUUGAUAACUCUUUUCUCA